UAACGUGGAUUAGGCGGAAGUCUCGCCGUCAGAGCUGCUGCUAGCCUCUUGCUGCUAGCGUCCUGCUACCAACAAGUUGGUCUUUCGUCACCGGAGAAUCUCCAGCUGGAGGUCGGACUGACUUUUAGGAGAAUAUGGAUGAAGACGUGCUCACGACUCUGAAACUGUUAAUAAUCGGGGAAAGUGGAGUCGGAAAGUCCAGCCUCCUGCUGAGGUUCACAGACGAUACGUUUGACGAAGAACAGUCGGCCACGAUAGGUGUGGACUUUAAAGUAAAGACACUCUCAAUAGAAGGGAACAAAGCCAAGCUAGCGAUUUGGGACACAGCAGGACAGGAGAGGUUUCGCACUUUGACACCCAGCUAUUACCGCGGUGCACAGGGAGUCAUACUUGUUUAUGAUGUCACGAGACGCGAUUCGUUUACAAAACUUGAAAACUGGCUGAAUGAGUUGGAAACGUACACAACACGCAACGACAUCGUAAAAAUGCUGGUUGGGAACAAAAUAGAUAAGCCGGACCGUGAAGUGGACAGAAACGAAGGACUGAAAUUUGCCCGGAAACACUCGAUGCUUUUUAUUGAGGCCAGUGCAAAGACCAAAGACGGCGUCCAGUGUGCCUUUGAGGAGCUAGUGGAGAAGAUUCUCCAGACUCCAGGACUCUGGGAGAGUGACACCCAGGGUCAGAAGGUCCAGCUGGGGGGACAGGUUCAGGGCAGAGGCAGGGCCUGUGGAGGAUACUGCUCUAUACCCUGAAACUGGACAAAACAAAAACAAACCUGAUAGGAAUGAUUAUGGACCAGAAAAAAGAGUGAAACAGGACAAGUGUUUUGCUUUUUUAUUAUUAAAUAAAACUGAUAAAUAUUGGGGUUCUGUUAUUUAAAUGAAUAUUGCUGUUUGCACAAUUACUACUACACCAUCACCGUCAUCAUAAUCACUUCCAGGUUACUGCUCUGUUUAAACGGUGAAUGAUAAAUCAUGCAGGAACGGCCUCCCAUCCACGGAGGUGAAGUGUUUUAAAUGAACCAAGUCACACGUAGAAAAUAAUUUUCUGCCCGUUUUAAAGUUCUGUUCUCUGAAAAGUGACCAAUCAGUUUCACCUGUUGUUGAAAGUUGAGCUGACAGCUCGUCUCUGCACAGCCAAACCCAAAGUGUCUUGGCCUGAUGAGCCAUUAGCUCACCGGUCUGAUCAGAAUUAAACUCUGUUCCUCCAAACUGAGGUCAUUCAGCAGGUUCUGUCUGUUUCAGUGCACAGGAACAUAUCAGCAGAAUGCCUACAACAAGCAGCUUUGUAGACAACAGGAAACGGCUUUUAAAAUAAACCCUUAGCAGUUUGCAGUCUCCUCAGUUUGUGUUUUUCUGCUUUAUAAGCUGCAGUAAAAACACUUCCACUAAAAUCUGAACUUUGGAAAUACACAUCAUGACACUUGGACUGAGGACGGCAGAAAACACUUUGCUUAUAGUUAGAUGAAGGGUUUUCAUUCCACACACUGUGAAUCCUCCUAAAGAAGAAGAUACAGUAUGUUACCAUCUCAGUUAAUGACAGUUUACUGUUAUUACUGUUUUGUACUCUGGGGUAUAGAUGCUUUCCAAUUAAUCCAUUUAACAUGUUUAUUUCAAAAUUAUGUUUGAGUUUUUUCUGUCAUCUGUUAUAGCAGCAUUAUUCUGUUUGUGUUUAUUCCAGUUGUGUAGUGUCUUUUCAGUGGGCUUCAUUUUACAUUGGCAUUUUCCUUGACAGCUUCAGUUUGGUUUGGAGACUUUAUAAGUUGUGUUUCUGCUUCUGUCUUCUUGUAAAGAAAAUCAAAGUGACCAUGAUUUUUUUUACUAUUAUAGUUACAUGUAACAUUCAAAUCUGCCUUAACAGUGAGAGAUGCUUGCCAGAGUUGUAGCAAAUAAUGUUUGAAUUGUUUCAAACUACAAUAAAUGACAGCCUGAAGAUAA